AUGACUGUCACAUACACAGCCCGAGUGGCAAACGCCCGCUUCGGUGGCUUCUCACAGCUGCUGCUGCUGUGGCGUGGGAGCAUCUACAAACUCCUGUGGCGUGAGCUGCUCACUUUCCUGGGGCUCUUCAUGGUGCUGAGUGCCACCUACCGCUUCCUGCUGACUGAAGAGCAAAAGCGCUACUUCGAGAAGCUUGUCAUUUACUGCGACCAGUAUGCCAGCCUCAUCCCUGUCUCCUUUGUGCUUGGCUUCUACGUGACUCUGGUGGUGCAGCGGUGGUGGAACCAGUACCUGUGCAUGCCGCUGCCCGACCCGCUCAUGUGCGUGGUGGCGGGCACGGUGCACGGGCGCGACGAGCGAGGCCGCCUCUACCGGCGCACACUCAUGCGCUACGCAGGACUUUCAGCCGUGCUCAUCCUGCGCUCCGUCAGCACCGCCGUCUUCAAACGCUUCCCCACCAUAGACCACGUGGUGGAGGCGGGGUUUAUGACCCGCGAGGAGCGCAAGAAGUUCGAGAACCUGAACUCAUCCUACAACAAGUUCUGGGUGCCCUGCGUUUGGUUCUCCAACCUAGCGGCGCAGGCCCGGCGCGAGGGCCGCAUCCGCGACAACAGCGCCCUUAAGUUACUUCUCGAGGAGCUGAAUGUGUUCCGGGGCAAGUGUGGGAUGCUCUUUCACUACGACUGGAUUAGUGUACCCCUCGUCUACACCCAGGUGGUGACCAUCGCAGUGUACAGCUACUUCCUGGCUUGCCUCAUCGGUCGUCAGUUCCUGGACCCCGCGCAGGGCUACAAAGAUCACGACCUGGACCUGUGCGUGCCCAUAUUCACCCUGCUGCAAUUCUUCUUCUAUGUGGGCUGGCUCAAGGUAGCCGAACAGCUCAUCAACCCUUUCGGAGAGGAUGACGACGACUUUGAGACCAACUUUCUGAUCGACCGCAACUUCCAAGUAUCGAUGCUGGCCGUGGACGAGAUGUACGACGACCUGGCCAUGCUGGAGAAGGACCUGUACUGGGACGCGACCGAGGCUCGCGCCCCCUACACGGCGGCCACCGCCUUCCUGCUGCAGCAGCCCUCCUUCCAGGGCUCCACCUUCGACAUCACGCUGGCCAAGGAGGACAUGCAGUUCCAGCGGCAGGACUGCGUCGUGGACGGACCGCUGGGCGAGGCGCACGGCGACUUCCUGCAGCGCCUCCUGCCGGCGGGCGCAGGCACAGCCGGCGGAGGCCUGCUGGGCCGUCGACUGUCCCUGCUGCGCCGCAAGAACAGCUGUGUGUCGGAGGCGUCCAUUCCCGCCAGCUGUGCGUGCUCAGGCGCCCCUGAUGGCACGGCCCCGGAGUGCGGCUGCGGGGAGCCGCUUCUCGACCUCGGCCCGCGGGAGCCCGAGCCCGAUCCCCCUGCUGGUCCUGAGCCGCCUGUCCCCAUCCCCGGGCCCACGGCCGAGCCCUUCACCACCGUGCCCAUGCCGGGGACCCGGGGGCCGGCGCCGCCCUGGCUGCCCAGCCCUAUUGGCGAGGAGGAGGAGAAUCUGGCCUGA